GAACAUUUACAUAUCAGUGCGUCGUUGAAUAAUGACCAAGAUUUUCGAUUUGUAUUAAAAUAUAUGCAUUAAAAUGAAGAUGUCUGCAGCGGAGAGCCAGGAAUCUGGCAGCCCGGCCCCGAGUCCCACCAACUCCGCGGCAUCAGAACCAGCGCCCACCUUAGUGCAUAUCAAGCAGGAGCCAAUGGCGCCAGGCACAGACGUUAAAGAGUACUAUGGCAAUAUAGACUUUGGUAUUCCAGAUGCCUAUCUGCCACAGAAUUUCGCAGAUUACGGACAAAAUUUCCUACCCAGACCUCUAGAUUUACCUCAUCCAGACUUCCUCGAUCCGGAUAAAAGUUCCGAUGAAAAAUAUGAUCCUAACAAAGAUAAUGACGUCGACAACUCAGAAUACAAUCUGCCCAAUGAACUGGAGAUUAAAAAUGGCGGAGUAUUCGCAAGAUGCAGUAUACCAGUUGGUAACAAGUACGGACCAUUCACCGGCAAAUGGGAAUCGAAGCUUGUAGACAGAAGAUAUGCGUGGGAGGUCCUGGGCAAGAAUGGGUUCCGUGGCUGGUUGGAUGGCUCCGGCGACAGAAGCAACUGGCUUAAGCUGGUGCGCCGCGCUGUUAACUACCCACAAGACGUCAACGUGCAGCACCUUAUGAUCGCAGGACAAAUCUGGUAUAAAGUGACGCAAGAUAUCUCAGCUGGAAAGGAGCUAUUGCUGGGACCUCGCACACCGCUGCCUUUGCAAGACGUGUUAGCUGCUGUUGGCAGUGAGAGUCCGAACCUGAACUCAGUCAGCACAGUCUCCCACUCCACCGAGGAAGAAGAAAGAGAGGACGUAGAGCCGCGUUGUUCCUUCUGCGACUCUCCUUUUCCGAACAUCGAUGUGCUUGACCGUCAUCUGAUCCAGUCGCACGCGCAGCCGGCUGCGGCGUUCCACUGCGAGCUGUGUAACCGCGCCUACAGCUGCCGCGCUUUGCUUCUGCGGCACCGCGCCCUAGCUCACACAGACAUCAGGAAAUAUCCCUGCGAGAACUGUCCGAAGGUAUUUACCGAUCCUUCCAACCUGCAGCGCCACAUUCGCGCGCAGCACGUAGGCGCACGCAGCCACGCCUGCCCCGAGUGCGGCAAGACCUUCGCCACCUCCUCCGGCCUGAAGCAACACACCCACAUACACUCCAGCGUCAAGCCCUUCCAGUGCAAGGUCUGCUUUAAGGCUUACACUCAAUUUUCCAACUUGUGCCGUCACAAACGAAUGCACUCUGCGUGCAGAGCGCUGGUGGAGUGCGGCAAGUGCGGCCAGUCCUUCACCUCGUACGCCUCACUCACCAAACACAAGAGGUUCUGCGACACAGCCUCAGCCGCCAACGUCAACUUGCGUGGACAACUGCCUCAAGGACUGCCGCAAAUCCCACAACUUCCAAACGUCGGAAUGAAUACUCCGAAUAACACUAAUCCGUUCCCCAUGUAUCGGGGACCAGCUUUACCUUUACCAUACAACACAUUUGCUCACUAUCCAGCGCUGUUCUCUGCUGCGGCCGCCGCUUGUCCGCCUGAAUUCUUAAAUCCCUUAUUAUUUAAUGUGCAAGGAGCCCGACUGGCAAUGGAGCACGAUAUGGCUAUGAGCGCAAACUUGGCGAAACUAAAAGACGAAAGAAUGUCUGUGAAAAGUAUGGAUAGCUCGACUUCUCUUGAUGACGUAAAACGGAAUAAAGAUUCUGAUUUUGUUGUUAUUAAGCGGGAGGAAAAUGUUGACAGGGUUACCCCCACACAACCCCAUGGACUGUAUGUAAAGCCAUCUUUAUCAUCAGCAGAGGAAUCUUCUUCACAGCCGCGUGCCUCACCUGUAAGGACUCUACAGGCACCGAUGAAUUCUUUUAAUCCUUUUGCAAGAGAUGACCUGAAACAAAAUUCACCAUUUAACUUAUCUCUAAAUAAUAACGAUCUCGUUUCUAGUAAAUCGGUUUCGCCUACUGAAGCUAAAGAUUUAUCUAAGAACGUAGUAGAUAACAUUGACAAACGUUCUUCUUUGUCAGAUAACGAAGAUGAUGCUAAAAUAGAUCAAGGUGACCAACCGUUGGACCUAUCUGUUACAAAAAAGCCAAACGAAAAAGAUUGUGAGUUAGAUGUUGAUGAACCUUUAUCGAUUAAAUCGUAUUCGCCUCCAGAAAGCCCGAUAGAACGAGAAAGCAAGACACCAGAAAAUGACACAACUGACGUUGAUGUAGAGGCGGUCGAACCAAAACGUGAAGAUUCACCGCCUCAAAUGAUAUCCGCACCGCUGGCUUUCCCCAUGCCAGUCCAUCCUCAGCAUAACAACAGUCUUCUAGAUGCUAUGUAUCGCCCGCGAUUUCCGUCCUUCCAUCCGGGUUCUGAGUCCCUUCUAAAUACUUCACACUCACCGUACGUUCCUAGUCCGUUCAAUUUUUUAUCCCCACUUCUUGGCACUGACGGCCCAGAUAGACAACCAAGUGCUUAUGCCAAGUUUCGAGAAUUAAGCGCAGGAACGGGAAAACUUCGAGACAGAUACGCUUGCAAGUUUUGUGGCAAAGUAUUUCCUAGGAGCGCCAAUUUGACGCGACAUCUUAGAACUCACACUGGCGAGCAACCGUACAAGUGCAAGUACUGCGAGAGGUCUUUCUCAAUUUCAUCCAACCUGCAGCGCCACGUGCGAAACAUACACAACAAGGAACGUCCCUUCCGAUGUCCUUUAUGUGACAGAUGUUUCGGUCAACAGACGAAUCUGGACAGACACUUAAAGAAGCACGAGGCGGAAGGUGGAGAUUCACCGAGCUCGGCGGACACGGAAAGAGGAGAGGAUGCUUAUUUUGAUGACAUUAGGUCUUUUAUGGGCAAGGUGACCUGUUCGCCGGGGGCCAGGAGCCCGACCGCGUCAUCUCCUCACGGCGCGCACCCCGCACACCCCGCGCACCGCCCCCCUCUCGCCAUAUCCACAUAGCCGACGGCAUACCCGCUGCCGCCACCGCCGCCGCUGUGGCCUCAGCCAUUUGGAUAGGGACAUUAUAUUGAUAAGCUCUAACGUUUAUUCUUCUGCAUUAAAAGACAGAAAUGAUAACGGUCCUUUGCUCUUGUAAAAGUAACGUAAAUAUUCUGGUAUGUAACGUAAAUAAUUCUUUAGUAAUUAUUACUGAUUGUAUGAAUAAGUUUGUAUAAAUAAUAGCAAAGAACAGCAAUUGUCUUAAAACAAACAAGAGAGGUUAUAUUUACACAGAUUUCAAAUAUUACAACAGUGCACUUGUAUGGAGAACAAUUUUGUGAUUUAUCGUUUUUUCGCUGUUUCGUCUAUUAUGCUAGCCGUCGUCGAUUUGCGUAUGCAUUAAAUAUUAUCAUGACAUUAGUAAAUUAGAAUUACUCUAUUUAAGAUGACAGACUCCGGCGAUAAUGGACUAGUAGAGUUUAGUUCCUUCCUAGAUGUAUCGUUAAUUAAAAGGCGUCUUAAAUAAGAUUGCAAUUGACUUCCUGAAAUUGCAGUGUUUUGUAUAGAAGUUAAUGUUAACGUAUGUAUAGAAUAGAAUUUUGUUUAUUGUAAAAUAUUGCGAGUAAAUUGAGGAGUGUAUCAGUUAAAAUGUUGUCAAUCUCUCGUUUAGUCGUAAACGCUACCAAAGUUUUUUUAUAAUGACAAAUUUGGUUAAAUAUAAUAUAAAAAAUUAAUAUAAAG